CAUGCGUAGAAUGUAGAGAACGUCAGAGGGACUGUUCCCUUCGUUGUAGACUCAGUCAUCGUCAGUCGGUGUGUAUUCAGUGAGUACAGCACUAUAGAAAAGAAAUGGAGAAAGAAUUGUGGGAAGCGGUGAGGAGUAGUGAUACUUGGUUAGUAACGCGUCUUUUGAAAUUGGGAGUUGAUGUCAAUAGUACGCGUGCUGCCUGUGGGGACACUCUUCUGAUACAAGCGUGUAGGAAGAAGAACAAGGAAAUGAUUGAGUUGCUGCUCACUAAAUCAGCAGAUGUUAAUGUGACUGGCUGGGGGGGAGAGACGGCUUUGAUAGUAGCAGCAAUGAAUGGGUUGUACAACAUCAUUGACAUAUUAUUGAAGACCAAAGAUAUUAAUUUGAUGAAGGGAGAUGAUGUGGGAAGGACAGCCAUACAUUGGGCUGCAUGGAAUAAUCACGUGACCAUUUUAGAGAGACUUUUGACUUGUUCUGUUCCUGUUGAUAUCAAUGAUAAUUAUGGUCGUACACCACUGUGGUGGGCUGCCUGUUAUGGUCGUGUGCGUUGUGUUGAUGUUCUCCUAAAACAUGGAGCGAGUCCCCAACAUGAGAGUAAGAGUGAAGGAUCACCACUAGAGAUUGCCAAGCGACGUGGUCGCAGUCAUGUGGUUGAGAUGAUGGAAGAAGCCAUAAGAUCAAAGACACCGAAGAGAGAGGAGCUCGUAGCUGCAGUGGGGAAAUAUAAACAUAAAAUGACGUUACUGGAAAGACAGUUGGCAGAGAAAGACAGGGAGAUUGCUUCUUUGAAAGAACGAUUGGCAAGAAUCAGAGACGUAACUAAUGUUGAGAGUGAUGAGGUUGUGGAAGAUGAUGUGACAGCAGCCAGAGCUCAAUCUACUGCUAGAUCGUUUGCUCAGUCAACAGAGGAUGAUCAUAGACGUGAUUCGUAUUCUCGUCGAGUUCUGCAGGCAAUUCAAGGAAUUGGCUCUACCAGAUGGUAUCCACUCGGUCGUGAUUGUGGAGAAACACGAGAUCAGCUGCGAGAAUUCACUGUUCUGGUCAACGAUUGUGAUAAAGUUCAAGCUUUAUUUGAUGUGAUGGCACAGAAAGGAGGAGAGAAACAAGCAGCAGACAAACUACUUGACGCGUGCAAAACCAUACAAAAUCCAAUAUUUGCAGAAGUCAAAGAAGCGAUGGACAAAAUGUAAUUUGGGAAGAUGAAGAAACAAGGGAAUGUGUUUUUGUGUUGCGUAUUAAUAGUGUUGUUGUAGUUAAAUGUCCUCAAUUGUGAUUUGUUGUUAUUUUUAAUCUGAAUGUAGCAGUCUAGUGAUUGUGUAGAAAAGUGAAGAUAUCAAAGGUGUUUGUAUUCUUCUGC